AUGAAUAUAAUUGUUUGGAAUUGUAGAGGUGCUCUUAAGCCCUCAUUUCAGAAGCAUGUUGGUGAGUUGGUUCGGAAUCAUAAUCCAGUGAUGUUGGUUGUAAUGGAGACUCAUGUUGGGGGCAAUAGGGCAAAGAAGAUUAUUGACAGAUUACCUUUUGAUGGUUCAGUGUAUACGGAUACCAUUGGAUAUUCCGGUGGGCUUUGGUUGUUGUGGGAUUCAGAUAGAGUGGAUGUCACGCCUUUGGCAAAUACCGAGCAGGAAAUUCAUGCUACAGUUAAGGUACAAAACUCUAAUUCUAGCUGGCUAUUUACUGUUGUGUAUGCUAGUCCUAGAUCUGCUGAAAGAUUUAUUUUAUGGAAUAACCUUAUUAAAACUGCUGAGCUGCAUGAUAUGUCGUGGAUUUUGGCGGGUGAUUUCAAUGAACCUCUUUCGGAUGAGGAUAAAUUCGGGGGAAGAGCAGUGAGUGUUAAUAGGUCGCUUUUAUUUAAAGAGUGCUUGGAUAAAUGUAACAUGAUUGACAUAGGGUUUUCAAGGCCCCGGUUUACCUAG